ACACUUCCCAACUGACCAAAAGCGUUUUAACAUUCAUUUUCUUGGAUGGAAGCAUUUUUUCGUUGAGGACUUCGCAAUGUAUGUUGCGAGCAGCGCAACGAUGAUGGGUUGUGAUGGAAGCAUUUGAAGAAGAAUGUAUAGCAGCUUCAAUAGGGGAGAAAAGGGGGUUUAGGGUUUGGAGAUGUUUAUGCGUGGAACUGAGCUCAGAUAUGGAGAAAAGAGUGAUGGCCUUGUGACAUGUCGUGAUGCUGAAGUUCCAGGAUCAGUUGUUGUGAGGCCCAACAGGAAGCUUGAUCAUGCCUGGAUGGUGUACUCUUCGAAGAAGAAAAAUCCUAGUGAACCUGACGCUCGUGAAAUGUGUGAAGCUCUGUUGACUUUACUUGUAGAGCUUGCAAGCAAUGGUGUUAAUGGAAGUAGGGGAACAUGCACCGAAGAUGGUACUUGCAACACUUCUGGUACAGGAAUACAGUAUGAAGACUUCUUUGGAGGUAAAAAGGAAAAGGGCUUGAAAAGAAAAGCUCAAGAAUCUGAAGAUUCUGGUGAUGAAGAUGACAUGGAAUUUGACGAACAGAAAAAAGGUACUGCUUCUGCCCAUGAAAAGCAACUGGAAAACAUUCAUUCAAAGAUGGAGCAGAUGGAGAAAGCUAACAUAGAGCCAAAAACUUGGACUAUGUAGGAUGAGGUAACUGCUGCAAAGAGACCCAAGAAUAGUGCAUUGGAAGUUGAUCUGGACUUUGAGCACAAUGUGAGACCUGCUCCUGUAAUCACUGAGGAGGUUACAGCUUCAAUUGAGGAUAUGAUCCAGAAAAGGAUUACUGAGGGUGGAAGCUGAUAUAUGGAUGACAUGUACAAUUUCUCUAAAACGUUGGGUUUAUUAAGCUUGAAACUACUACACAAAGACAAGAGAUCGUGGCAUGUUUCCUACGUGAUUAUCAGCUCUCCCCUGAAGAGGUUUAAAUUAUCGUUUAAUGUCUACCUAUUACUAAUGUAAGAACCAAAAUAAUGAUUAUUUGCAAUGUUACUUAAUUAGUUUUUCCUUCCUAUGAGAAAAAAAUAGUUUAAACGAUUAAAGAAAAGAAAAAACUACUUACACAUAUUACAUUGUCAUUCUUGCAUUAUAGGUUCCUUGGUCUCAAGGCAGCUCGGGGUUCUCACCUUUUUUUAAUUGUUACAAUAUUGCCACAUUAUUAAUAUUUCUUUUACUAUAAUCAAUAAUUUUAAGUAUCUGCUUCUUUUUUUAUACAUAAUUUUAUCUUUCUUUUACUAAACAUGUUAUUCAUUUGUUUUUAAUGCAGGCAGCAGAGUUCAAUCCUCGUGAUCAACCUUCACAUUCUGCAACUCAUGAGCCCUAAUAGAUUAUUUAGGUUUAAACUUUUGUAGUUUUAUUGGCACUUUGAUUCCAUUUAGGUUUGAUUUGCAAGAUUAU